AUGGACAAAGGGAAAUUUGAAGAUAAGGCAAAGGCUGACAAGGCUCAUUAUGAAAGAGAAAUGAAAACCUACAUCCCCCCCAAAGGGGAGACCAAAAAGAAGUUCAAGGACCCCAAUGCACCCAAGAGGCCUCCUUCGGCCUUCUUCUUGUUCUGUUCUGAGUACCGCCCUAAAAUCAAAGGCGAGCAUCCUGGCUUAUCCAUUGGUGAUGUUGCAAAGAAACUAGGAGAGAUGUGGAACAACACUGCAGCUGAUGACAAGCAGCCCUAUGAGAAGAAGGCUGCCAAGCUGAAGGAGAAGUAUGAGAAGGAUAUUGCUGCCUACAGAGCUAAAGGAAAACCUGAUGCAGCGAAAAAGGGAGUGGUCAAGGCUGAAAAGAGCAAGAAAAAGAAGGAAGAGGAAGAUGAUGAGGAGGAUGAAGAGGAUGAGGAAGAGGAGGAGGAGGAAGAAGACGAAGAUGAAGAAGAUGAUGAUGAUGAUGAAUAAGUUGGUUCUAGCGCAGUUUUUU